GAUGGCUUUAAUGAUGAUAUUUAAACUUUCUCUGCUACAGUUUUCUGUUGAACUAGGCCUAUAGGAACCAUGAAAAAAUUUUUCCAGAAAGUAAAACUGGAAACUAAAUUUCGAAGUGCUGGAGAGGGUCAUAAACUUACUGACGAUCCAGGCCAUGGGGUGCAGGAAAGUUCAAGAUCUACACAACCUGUUCCAGUACGAGCAAAUCCUAUGUCAGAAUCUCAAGCUAAUGCAGCUAUUGCGGCAAUUGAAAGAAAUGAAAAAUGUAAGCAAACGACAUCUACAUCAUCGUCAAAAAUAAUAAAAAGAUUGGCAAAAGAAGCUGCGAGAGCUUCUGAUGAUAAUAAAGUGCCCAAGUCUGAACCUCUCAAUGCUGAUGCAGCAGAAGAUUUUGUACCUGAACAAUAUUCAGUUGAAGGUGUUAAAUUUAUUUCUGCCUUAUCUGGAGAGAUCAUGCAAGAAAAAGAACUUAAUGCACAUUACAAAGAAAGUUUCUUACUGAAGCUAGGUUCAGAUGAAGCCAUUGAUGCUUCGUGUAGUAUGAUACGGACAUUGAAUAAAGAUAAAUCGAAGAUUGAAAUUGCAGUAAAAACCAUAAGCAAAUAUAUUGACAACAUCAUUGCAAAUCCUGAUGAGGAGAAAUACAGAAAAAUAAGGAAAGAAAAUAAAGCAUUUUCAGAAAGAGUUGCUCCUUUGGAUGGAACAGAAGAGUUCUUAAAUGCAGUCGGCUUCAAAUUGACAAUGGUGUCAUCAGAUGAAAAAGAAGUUAUAUUUGUACUGCCCAAUGAUAUUAACAUUGAAAAUCUUAAAUAUGCAAAAGAUUGUUUAUUGGCUUCACAGCCACUCAUAUCAAAACUCCACAGAGACUUGAAAAUUUUUCAACCUUCUGAUCGGUCUCUCACUUUCAAUCUACCUAACUCGUUUUACAAUUUAACAUUGGAAGAAGUUCGGAGAGAACAGGGACUAAAAACAGAAGAGAUUGAACUUAGUAAACAAUUACGAACAAAACAAAUGCGCGAAAAAUCAAGGCAGACUAGAAAAUAUAUUUAUGCUUUGAUUAGAAUUCGGUUUCCUGAAGGGUACAUUUUACAAGGAACGUUUGCAGUGAACGAAAAAUUUGCUGAGGUGAGGGCAUUCAUAAGUGAGAAUAUAAAUGUUGAUUGGGCACCUUAUACUUUAAAAACAUCAACAGGGCAAACAAUUGAUCAGGAUCACGAAACACUGUCUGCGCUUCAGCUCAUACCAUCUGUUAUCUUGAAUUUGAGUUGGAUUGCAGAAGUACAGGCUCAAUUGAAUGAACAAGGUGUUACACUUUCUCUAAAAGAUAAGGUUUUACAAAAACAGGAAGAAUUGAACUGACAAUUGUCAUUCGGGUGAGAAAAUUUCUCGAUAAAAUUUAUAUUUCACCAUGCAAGUGGAAGCCUAAUUUGACAUCAUGUGAAUGUAUUAUUCGAGCUCAAAUUGACACCAUUCAAUUUGGUAUUUUUGUUUGGCAUGAUUAGCUUAUUUUUAAAAGCAAGCAUUAAAAAAGCAUGUAGGGUGUUUACUUUUGUUUCAUAUUGUCUCUGUCAGUGUAUGAUUCAUUGUGUUCUUAUUAUGCGAAGGUUGUUAUCACUUAUCAGAUUACAGAAUAUGACAAUUGGUCAAUAUUGUAAUCCUCUUACGGUACUUUAAUAAUAAAGUUGUCAACUACUUGUUCAAGAGCGUCAAAUUUGCUAACAAUAAAACACUUGCAAUUGAUGUCAGUGACAUGGAUAUCAUGAGCUAGAUCUUAGGACAAUAAAUACCUGUUGAAAAUUUAUAUGGAUAUUCAUAUAGCUCAUGGUAUUCCAAUUGAAUUGGUAAUGUAAUUUUUUUUGUAGCAAUAACCUGUUUCGAUGUCAAAAUAUGAAAUUAAAGCAUAGCAAAUCACAGUGUGCCAUUUUAUCUCAUUUUUAUUCAUAAAAGUUUAAAUAUUGAUAGAUAGAUAUAAUAUUGUUACCCUGAAAUGAGGAUAAGAAUGCUAUCAUAUUUCUCUGCAUUGACAACGCCUAUCUAAUAUUUAGGCAACAGGCAGUCGAAUAUCUAUCGAGUGUGGUUUUCACUGUAGUUAUAUGAAUUCUCAGGCCCAUGAUUUCAUCUCGUAGGUAAAAUGGUUGAUACAUUUUCCAGUCACUUGUGUAAGUGAGGAGACCAUUUUGUAAUAUAUCAAUUAGCACUUUUAAUUUUGAAAUAUGUGUUCUCACACAUUUUUAGUCAGAAGUCCACAACAAUUGUGUUGAGUUAUCCUGAAUAUAUUUAUACUUAUAAUAAUUUCGAUAUAUUUAUGAAUUGUUCAUUUUUAAAGUAUAUAUUGCAGUAAUGAUUUAUGUAAUAAUGCCAAUAAUUGCCAGUGUUAAUUUGUUGUUUCUCUCUCAUGUUAUUGUGCUUGAAAUCGCAUUUAGAAUUAGUUGAAAAUGUCAUGUAGAGAACGGAGGGCAAAGCUUACCAACAUGAACCGAAGUCUGUGAGGAUGAGGAAGAACAAUCUAAGCUGCUCUUAUGAUUUUUUAUUUGCUGAAUAAUUAUGGCUGUAUAGUCGAUAUAUCAAA